AUGGAUCAACAGGUAGAUCACCUUGUCAACAAGACCUGGGCAAAAUUCUGCUCAAUCCCAGACAAUGCGCGCCUGAUGAUCGCUAUCAGCGGCAUACCAGGUUCCGGAAAGACUGGUCUGGCAACAAUGAUGGCAUCACGGAUUAAUAAGAUCUAUGCAUCCGAGAACCCAACUCUGCCAACUUCGAUAGCCAGCGCCCUCCCAAUGGACGGGUACCAUCUGACUCGCGCACAGCUGGCUGCCAUGCCAGACCCUGUAUAUGCGGCCGCACGACGAGGUGCUGCAUUCACUUUUGAUGGAGAGAAGUUUCUUUCGCUCGUGCAGGCUCUGCGACAGCCGGUGACAAAACAUACAGGCAAUCUCUACGCCCCCAGCUUUGACCAUGCUAUUAAGGACCCCGUUGAUGGGGAUAUUGCCAUUCCGGCCGACUGUCGGGUCCUGUUUUUCGAAGGGAAUUAUCUUAGCUUGAAUCGGGAGCCGUGGAAUACGGCGGCUGCAUUGAUGGAUGAACUUUGGUUUGUGGAAGUUGAUUUUGAGGUUGCGAGGAAGAGGUUGAUUUCGAGGCAUGUUAGGGCUGGCAUCGCUAAGGAUGAGCACGAAGCGGACAAGAGGGCCAGAGAGAACGAUCUGGUUAAUGGGAGGGAGAUUGUGGACGAGAGACUGCCGGUGCAAGAGGUUGUUUUUAGUAUUUUUGAUCCCGUUUGGGAGAAGUCAUGA